AGCAGGCAGUGGGCCCCCAGGCGGAGCAGCAGGCAGCGGGCCCCCAGGCGGAGCGGCGGGCGCCGGGCCCCCAGGCGGGGCGACGGGCGCCCAGGCGGGGCGAUGGGCGCAGGGCCCCCAGGCGGGGCGACGGGCAUCGGGCCCCCAGGCGGGGCGACAGGCAUUGGGCCCCCAGGCGGAGCGGUGGGCGCCGGACCCCAGGCGGAGCAACAGGUCUCGGGCCCCCAGGCGGACGGCCACCAGGCCCCAGGAGGAGCGACAGGUCUCGGGCCCCCAGGCGGAGCGGCGGGCGCCGGACCCCCAGGUGGAGCGACAGGCACCGAGUCACCAGGCACGACAGUGGGCUCCGAGUCAACUGGCAUGACCGCUGGCACUGGGUCAGACAAUGGAUCGUCUGGCUGGACAGCGGGCAUCGGGCUGAGUGGAGGCAUCAGGCUGAGUAGAGGCAUCAGGCUGAGUAGAGGCAUCAGGCUGAGUAGAGGCAUCAGGCUGAGUAGAGGCAUCAGGCUGAGUAGAGGCAUCAGGCUGAGUAGAGGCAUCAGGCUGAAUAGAGGCAUC